AUGACCUGGCUCUCCAAGAACACCACCAUUCCUCUGCCAGAUGUUAUUGCCUAUGAUAGCUUCACCAAUAUCCCGGUCGGUCACGAGUAUACCUUGCUGUCACACAUUCAGGGCGUCACACUCAGCGAUGUUUACGACAGGUUAAGUGAUGAGCAAAUGAACCAAAUUCUCGACCAGCUGAUCGACUUACUCACCCAGCUCCAGGCGCAUCCAUGGGACUGUAUCGGAGGGUUGACCCUCGAUGAUCAAGGUGAAGUUCAGCUCGGCCCAGUGGUGGACGAGACCUUCUGGCAGGUCCCAGACAUUGAAGCGCUAUGGCCUGAAGGAGCCAGUGGCGACUCUGAACAUCGGAGGACCAUACAAGACUACAUACGACUCAUCCAAACCCAUGAAAAGUUGGCUUUCAUGCGAGAUAUAGUCCCCCGCCUCGAGGCAUUCGUAGCCUCCCUCCCAAAACACGCCAACGAGCUCAACAACGUCAAGUUACGCCUCGCCCAUAAAGAUCUAUACUUCGCUAACAUGAUGUUCGACUCGUUGCCUGGCAAAAUCACUGACAUUCUCGACUGGGAAUUCGCUGGCGUCGUGCCAUACCCUCAGUGGAACCCAAGAAGCUCCUUUCUCUGGAACGGGAUCGACACCUCGGAAUCGUUGAAUGAAAAAUACAGGUUGCUGGAAGUCUUCAAGCAGCGUUGCAAGGAGAAGGGCUGCACGUUAUUCCAGGAGACGGAGUACACCUCAACACUGCAGGACGAUAUGCAGAGAGCGGUUGACUUCUUGUGGGCUAUUGCGGAGAUAUCGCCGAGGGGUCAGAGACAGGAGCUGGUACAGGGAUGGAAGGACAUGGUGCUGGAGAACAUUGAAAAGUUUGGGGCUUAG